UGUUUAUGAAGGAGAUAAUGCUUCGGCUUAGGUUCCCUAACCUCCACCAUACUGUGUUUUGGUGAGGACCCAAAUAGAUAACAAUGGCCACCCAAUCCUAUCUUCUCAACUCCGUUUAUCUCAGAGGCUGGCAACCUUCAAUUUCCAAGUCAAGCACUUUCGCUGUCCCAGAAACUUCAAAGUAUCCUACUAAACGAAACAUCAAUGGAAGUACUUCUAGGACCUUGCAAUGUUGCUCAUGUUACAAAGAAAUAUCUGAGGCAGCAGCAGCAGCUACUACUGCACAGAACACACUUGAUUCAAAAGCAGUCUUAAACAGUGUCAAACUCAGCAUACCUGAGACAUCAUUACAUUAUGUUCCCUCAGAUUUCAUGAAGAGGUUGGUUCUUGCUGACUUGGAUCCUGCCACUGCAAAGCUAGCAAUUGGGUUUCUAGGCCCUUUUCUCUCAGCAUUUGGUUUUCUCUUCAUAUUGGGGAUAGUGAUGUCAUGGUACCCUAAACUACCUGUGGGGAAGUUCCCUUAUGUAAUAGCCUAUGCUCCCACAGAGCCUCUUCUCAUAGCAACAAGGAAACUGAUUCCUCCCCUUGCUGGUGUGGAUGUUACCCCUGUGGUCUGGUUUGGAUUGCUUAGCUUUCUUAAUGAGAUAUUAGUGGGUCCACAAGGAUUACUUGUUCUUCUUUCCCAACAAGUCAAUUAGGAAACAUUUUGACCU